AUGGAUUGUGGACUCUUAAACCUCUUCGAUCCCGAUGAGGGGAUUCGUGAUAUUGACAAGGCAAAUAACAAUUGUCCACCUCGAAAUAAUGAAGUAAAAUUUCGAAAGUCUUUUGGGAAGUCAAAUGGAGGUAUACGCAAAAGUGACAUUGAAUGCGGAAGUGGAAGCAGCAGUGAAGGGGAAGUGGACGUUCACAACAAUAAGAUAAUUAUAGAUUUCGAUCGUGGCGUUUUGCCACCCGAGCCCCAAUUAGGAAAUAUUGAGUAUAAACUGAAACUAAUAAGUCCGUCAAAGCAUCGCUUUGAACAUCUCGUGACACAAAUGAAAUGGAGGCUACGUGAAGGCAAUGGAGAAGCGGUUUAUGAAAUAGGGGUAUCUGAUUCCGGGCAUUUACACGGACUCAACGAAAAGGACAUGAACGCCUCGUUGGCUACGCUUAAGCAGAUGGCACAAAAGCUGGGCGCCAGCACAUCAGUUUUGAGACGAAAAUAUGUUGGCUCUCAACGAUCUGUGGCGGAAGUUUUAGUCCGUAAAAUACCUGAUGAUCAACAUAAUAUAGAAAUACGAGUUGCAGUGCUAGGCGGCGCGGAGGCUGGCAAAUCUACGCUGUUGGGUGUUCUUACACAAGGUGAAUUAGACAAUGGACGCGGUUUGGCACGCCUGAUCAUGUUUAGGCACAUGCAUGAAAUUCAAUCCGGUCGCACUUCAAGCAUUUCACACGAAACUCUUGGGUUCGAUUCACAGGGUACAAUUAUCAACUACAAAUAUAAUGAGAUGAUGACGGCAGAAGAAAUAAGCGAUCGCUCUACAAAGUUGGUUACAUUUAUGGAUUUGGCAGGUCAUAGACGCUACAUGCGGACAACAGUGCAGGCACUGUUGGGCUACUCACCUCAUUAUGCUAUGUUGGUCGUUUCUGCAGGCAGCGGUUGUACAGGCACUAGCAAGGAGCAUCUUUCCAUUGUGCGUGCGCUGGAUAUGCCCUUCUUUAUUGUAGUUACCAAGACUGAUAUUACAAGUCCGGAACAAACUGUACAGGAGCUGAGGCAUGUUCUGACUUCAGUAGGUUGCCGAAAGGUGCCGUUUAUUAUCACAAAUGCAGAUGAUGCGAUCUCAGCAGCAUCGAAUCAGGUAUCGGAAAAAGUUGUUCCGAUAUUUUGUGUUUCAAACGUAACUGGUGCGGGACUUAAUCUUGUUACUAAAUUCCUCUAUGUACUAUCGCCGAGUAUAAGUAAUCUUGAAAAAGAGCGCUUAGAACAAGAGGCAAGCGAAUUUCACAUAGAUGAGAUUUUUCGUGUAACAGAAGUUGGCCCUGUAGUUGGUGGCUUGUUAGUUAAAGGCGUGCUCACCGAAAAUAUGCAAAUAAAAAUUGGUCCAUUACCAGACGGAAGUUUUCAUUCCGUUAAUGUACAUACAAUUCAUCGAAAUAAAGCACCGUGCCGUGUGGUGCGUGCAGGACAAAGUGCUUCUUUAUCUUUUACUCCCAAUCAGACUCUUCCACCACUUAGAAGUGGCAUGGCACUGCUGGCCGAUACUGGAGAUCCUGAAGAUGAGCCAUACGGUACAUUUUUAUUCCAGGCCGAAGUGUCUGUUCUUUUUCACGCUACCGCAAUUUACGUAGGCUUCCAGACUACUAUACAUAUCGGCAGUAUUCGGCAAACAGCAAUAAUAAGAGCAAUCGAGGAGCGUGAAAAAAUGGGUACCAAUGACAGCGCGUCAGUGUUGUUCCAAUUCGUCGGACAUCCUGAAUUUGUCCGGCCAGGUAUGCGUAUGCUGUUUCGCGAGGGCACAAGCAAAGGAAUUGGUGUGGUUACGAAAGUAUUUCCGCUCAACAAAUCCGCCGGAUAAAAUGUUGAAAGGAAUUACCUUUAAACUUAAAUCUCAUUUGACUUGCGAAUUAUUGAUAAAUUAAAUAAUGCAAUAUUAUACGUAUCUAUACUUCAGCUACAUUACUUAUAUAUAUAAAAAAAAAAAAAUUUUAUAAGCUAUGAUUGAAUGUGAAUUCACUUUUUUACUACUCCCUAGCUAAGAGAUUGUGAGUUCUAGUCAUUCACUAUUAAUUAAGUGCUGUGCCCCGCCAGACGGUUGGAAACAGUAGUCAGAUGUUUACAUUUUCGAGUUUGUCCGACCUUUUGAAUUUGAAUUAGGUAUAUUAAAAAAAAUAUAUAUAUGUAUGUAUAUGUAUACUUGAUUCAGUCAUAAAUAUAAACCAUCUAAAUCAAAGCUUCAAAUCUUGUGCAGAACAUUAAAAAAUCAAAUUAAAAGUUGCGAAAAAUUAACAAAUUCCAAAAAUUUAUCGUAAAAUUUCAAAAUUUUUAAUCCGAAUUUUAGAAAAUUUUUGGGCAUGGAGGUUUAUGGCCCAUUCAAUUUCAGUAUAAAAAAGUGCAGGCGCUACGCGUUGACUUUUCAUAAUUUCUUUUGCCGACGGUGUUAUGCGUUUUUUUUAUAUAUGUAGAAAAUAUUUCGAACAUACUUUGUAUGGGAGAAAAUGCAAAAUACCCUC